AUGGACCAACAAGGCAUGGAUGACCAUGAAGGGGUCCACGUUGUUGGAUUUGAAGUCCCACCUUCACCUGAUUCUAGCUACAACAACCCUAUUCCUGGAAAUGAAGAUGAAGGCCGGGAGCCCCCACUGGUGCCACCUCAUCUCCAGCAUACGCUGCUGAGCUUCCCACCAAGCCAAGACGAAUCGAGCCCGCUGCCUCAACCUCAGACCGUGGUUCUGAACCACCUUUACAUCGAGAAGGAGAACACAAGAUCCGUGGUUGCUCUGGGGAUCACGCACCGGUACAAGGCCAAGUUUGUGACAGUCGUGCUUUACAAGCCAGUGCUGAGGCGGUAG